AUGUCUACUCAGGCAGAUGCUGGCAUCCUUGUAGCACAUGCUCCAGAUGGGGUCAACUAUAAGCUUUUGGAGCUUCCUCCCGAUUUGCUGGCUCUGCUUGAAUCUCAGGACCCUCCCGUCCUCUCGCUCGAAUCCUCGGAAACUUCUGCAGUCAUCAAGCAUGGCAAUCAAUCAUGGGGACUGCGCCAGAAAAACACCUCAAAUGCCCUGAUCAUACUCAGUCUAGGCGAAACCACAGCAGACUCGUCACAAAUUCCUGAACCCACGCUCAAGGCUGUCGCCACGAUUCACGAUACCGUAGAGCUGGUUUCAGAGCCGAUAUCCGGUCCUGUACCCGUCGUCAAGGGCAAAUGGCAUGAGAAGUUUGCGAGAAGCAGGUAA